UUCAGCGAGACAGCCAGUGAAAGCGAAGAGGGGGCGGGACAUGCGCGCGACGCUGCUUGCUACCGGGGAAACAGAGUUCUGAGGGUAUGAGGCACAGUACCGGUGGACUGAAAACUCCCGCCAUUUCGACAGGGAAUUAACCUCCUCUUAGCUGAUUCAGGUUACUUUCUCGCAACGCUUGCUCACGCUGUUACCUGACGCCAAGGAGCUUCAGAGCAUGCAGCGAGUACAGUUUAAAAGGGAGCAGGCCUAAUUUGCGAACACUUGCUCGGGACUGUACAGCCGCCAGAUCUGCUGUUGACUGACGGUUGCCGUGAGUUUCAUUUUGGUGCAUCCUUUCACGUUCACCCGAAGGUGCUGAACUUUAACAACUGAGUCCGGGGACACGUUUGCCAGCGUGUUUUCUACCUAAGGUGCAGCGUAAAAAUAGCCUGACACCACUUCCAGAAGAGCAAAGGAUGGUGCGAUGAGUCCGGCGGCGAGAAGCGGCGCACUGUUAUUGUUUUGCAACGAGAUAACCCAGCCUGCUAGCUAGAAAGCUAGCUGCUACACGCUGAGAGCCGGGCCUGCCGGCGGUAACGUGAGACGUGCUAUCUGUCGGCUCUGACAUUUUUAAUACUGGGAUACAUGCAAAGGACAUACCAUUGUGUACUAUUGCGCUAGUCUGUUGCUAGAAUAUCUGUUUUUACUUUCGGCACUUGUGCCAUCUCUGGAUUUGAAAUGGCACCGCUUUUGGGCCGGAAACCGUACCCGCUGGCUAAGCCGCUAGCCGAGCCACCAGGCCCGGGAGAGGAGGUCUACAUCAUCGAGCACACUAAGGAGGCCUUCAGGAACAAAGAAGAGUACGAGGCCCGCCUACAGAGAUAUAAUGAACGCAUUUGGACAUGCAAGAGCACUGGAAGCAGCCAGCUCACUCACAAAGAGGCAUGGGAGGAGGAACAAGAAGUCACCGAACUGCUUCAAGAGGAGUAUCCAAAGUGGUUUGAGAAACCAGUCCUUGAGAUGGUUCACCACAACACAGUGUCUUUAGACAAACUGGUUGAGAUGGCUUGGGUGGAAAUCCUCACCAAAUAUGCUGUGGGUGAAGAGUGCGACUUCCUGGUGGGCAAGGAGAAAAGUUUGCGAGUGACAGUGGUAAAGAUCCACCCCUUGGAAAACACAGAGGGUGAGUCUGGGGAAAAGAAACUUGAAGGUGCUUGUGACUCUCCAUCCAGCGACAAGGAGAACGCAAGCCAGGAAAACCAGAGGAAGGAGCCUCCUCCCCGAGAGGAGAACAGGAGGGAGAGUCUGAGUGACAGAGCACGACGUUCUCCGAGGAAACUACCCACUGCCAUGAAAGAAGAGAGGAAGAAAUGGGCAAUGCCUAAAUUCCUUCCUCAUAAGUAUGAUGUAAAGCUCAUCAAUGAGGACAAGGUGAUCUGUGACGUCCCAGCGGACAGUCUUUAUAGAACAGAGCGUCCUCCAACCAAGGAGAUCAUGCGCUACUUCAUCAGACACUAUGCUCUAAGGCUGGGCAUGGGAGAAAGUGCUCCCUGGGUGGUUGAAGAUGAACUGGUGAAAAAAUUUAACCUGCCCAGCAAAUUCAACGACUUUCUUCUCGAUCCACACAAGUUCUUGGCAGAGAAUCCCUCCACGAAGCGCAAGCGCUUGUCAUCUCCAGAGGGUAAGCCUAACAAGAAGCUCAAGACUGCUGACACUCCAGGAGAAGAUUCGGGCAAUGAGAAGGAAGAAAAGAAGAAGAAAAAGAAGAAAGAUGCUUUAGGCAUGCCCCUUAGUCCCACCAUCUGGGGCCACAUGCAGAAAAUAAAAAUGAAUGGUUCUCCACUCAAGGUAAAGAACUCAGGAACCCCUAAGAAAGGAGAAGGUAAAGGCUCCGCUCCCUCCACUCCGAAAUCUGGCAAAAAGUCAGGGGACAAAAAAGAAGGAAAGAAAACUGGAAAGAGUGGUGAGAAGAAACUCAAUGUUCUCAAAGCAUCCAAAAAGGACGGUAAAGCUGGUGCUAAGGGGCCAAAGAUGAAGCAGAUGACUCUACUGCAUCUGGCUAAGAGCGGUGCUGCAGGAAGCCCAAAGAAGAGAGCUCGUAGUUCUGGCAUUGGUACACCGAAACUUGGGAAGCCACUACACCCUAUGGCUCUCCACCUCCUUCGUUACUACAAGGAGAACAAGGGUAAAGAGGAUAAGAAGAACUCCCUUUCAUCCCUUAUCUCCAAAGCUGCCAAGACCUUGUCCCCAGAUGAUCGUAGUCGCCUUCCAGAGGAACUCAAGGAGCUAGUGCAGAAACGCUGGGAGCUUCUGGAGCAGAAGAAGCGAUGGGCAGCCAUGAGUGAAGAGGAAAAGAAGGAAGAGCUGAAGAAGAGGCGUGAGGAACUCAAAGAGAAGUUAAGAGAAAAGGCCAAGGAGAGACGAGAGAAGGAGAUGCUGGUCCGCCGUGAACAGUCGCGCCGAUACGAAGAUCAGGAGAUCGAAGGUGGCAAGCCUCUGCCUGCAUUCAAGCUUGUGGACAUGCCUGAGGGGUUGCCCAACACAUUGUUUGGGAAUGUGGCCAUGGUUGUGGACUUCCUUCACUGUUACUCAGGGCUGCUGAUGCCAAAUGACCAGUAUCCCAUCACAGCAGCGGCUCUGAUGGAAGCGCUAGCUGGGGAACGGUCUGGCUUCCUUUAUCUAAACCGUGUGCUGGUGGUGCUGCUCCAAACAUUACUGCAGGAUGAGCUGGCUGAGGGCUACAGUGAGCUCGACAUGCCCUUAUCUGAGAUUCCUCUGACUAUGCACUCAGCUUCCGAGCUGGCACGGUUGUGCCUGCGACCAUGUGACGCUCACGGUGAGGAGAGCGGCCAGGGCUCAGAAGACUCUGGGGCCAUGGGUGGAUAUGACGAUGUGGUGACCAGCGAGUUCCUGGAUAAACUCGAGACAACCGAGGUGUUUGAGCUGAGCCCCGAGGAGAAAGUCACCCUGUUAGUGGCGCUGUGCCACCGGAUCCUGAUGACGUACAGUGUGGAAGACCAUGUUGAUGCAAUGCAGCAGCGGUCAGCUGAGCUGUGGAAGGAGCGUUUGGCAAUGCUGAAAGAGGCCAAUGACCGCAAGAGGGCUGAGAAGAAGAGGCGGAAGGAGAUGGAGAACAAAGGUGAGAAGAAAAAAGAAGGGUCUUCUAAAAAGGAGGUCAAGAAGGAAGUAAAGGUUGAGCCAGAACCAGAGGACAUGAUCAGCUCAGUGAAGAGCCGGCGACUAAUGGCCAUGCAGGCUAAGAAGGAGAAGGAGGAGAUGGACAGACAGAACAAAGAACGCAUGGAGAAGGAGGCUGAAGAGGAGCGGAUGCGUAAACAGAGGGCGGCUGCCGAGAGGGCUUUUCAGGAUGGAAUAACCAAAGCGAGACAAGUGAUGCGCAGGACUCCUCUAGGUACCGACAGAAAUCACAACAGAUUCUGGCUUUUCUCUGAUGUGGUUCCUGGUCUGUACAUCGAGAAAGGCUGGGUGCACGAAAGCAUAGACUACAGCUUCACCCCUCCACCAGAGGAAAAACCAGCUGAGCCUGAGGUAGAAGAGGAGGAGGACGGUGAGGCAGCCCCUGCUCCUGAUUCACAAGGAACUGAAAAAGAUGAUGGCAGUGAUGCUGUUAGUGAAGGAGCCCAGCAGGGAGCAGCACCAGAUGUUUGUAUAGAAACUACUGUUCCCAAACAGGGACAGAACCUUUGGUUCAUAUGUGACAGUUCAGCUGAGCUGGAGGAACUGGUGGAGAGUCUUCAUUCUCAGGGGGUCAGAGAGAGCGAACUAAAGUCAAAUAUACAAAGCAGAUAUCAGGAAAUACUCCACUCCAUCCAUUUGACCCGGAAAGCCAGGCUCGGCCUCAGGACCUGUGACGGCUAUGCAGAGCUACUCAAAUAUCUGCGUAGCGACAUCCAGGAAGUAGCCUCACGCCUGCAGAAGGGCGGCCUCGGGUACCUGGACGAUAACGUGGACAUUGAGGACAAGUUGAAAGACAUGGAGAGCCUGAAAGACUUCGGCGAGUGCAUCAUCACCAUUCAGGCCUGUGUAAUCAAAAAGUUCCUGCAGGGGUUCAUGGCUCCUAAGCAGAAGAAGAAGAAGAAGCAAGCAGGAGAGGAAAGCAGCAAGGCUGAAGAGGUGGAUGAGGAGAAGCGGUUGGCAGAAGAGGCCAGGGUAGCAACAGCAGUGGAGAAGUGGAAGACCGCUAUUCGAGAGGCCCAGACAUUUUCCCGCAUGCACGUGCUGCUGGGAAUGUUGGACGCUUGCAUAAAGUGGGACAUGUCUGCUGAGAACGCUCGCUGCAAAGUCUGUCGCAGGAAAGUGCUCUGGGAGAACCCAUCUGUGCUGAAGUUGGAGGAGUGUAGAUCCAGGCAGGGCAGCAACUGCAGGGUCAAAGCACAUCAGAGUAGUAGUGUCAGGCAGAUCUACAUACGGAGCCAACCACUCCGCAGGCCGACAGGUGAUGAUGAGAAACUUAUACUCUGUGAUGAGUGCAACAAGGCCUUCCACUUGUUCUGCCUGCGACCGGCUCUCUACCGGGUUCCCAAUGGAGAGUGGCUGUGCCCAGCCUGCCAGCCGACUGUGGCCAGACGUGGCUCCCGCGUAAGGAACUAUAAGCAAGACUCUGAUGAAGAAGACGAUGAGGAGGAGUCUGAAGAGGAGGACUCUGAGGAAGAGGAUGAGGACGAAGAAGAGAAUGACUACAAAGCCAUGGGACACAGCUUGAGACCAAGAAAGAAAAAUAAGCAGUCUUCAUCACGGCAGAAAAGCUCAAAAAGUAAAUCAAAGAAGUCGGCCUCUUCUAGUAAUCAGAGCGGCAAGCAGAGAACAGGCCCCAACAGUCCUGCAGACAUCGACGAACUGGUGCGACAGAGCUCCCAGACAGGAGUGAGCAGACAGGUGCUGGAGCUGGAGAGGUGUGAGGAAAUCCUCAAGAAGCUGAUGAAAUAUCGCUACAGCUGGCCUUUCAGGGAGCCUGUUUCCUCUGAAGAGGCAGAGGACUACCUGGAUAUCAUCGCUCAGCCCAUGGAUUAUCAGACAAUGCUGGGCAAGUUCAGCCAGGGCUCGUACCGCCACGCCCAGGAUUUCCUGGAAGAUGUAAAGCUGGUCUUCUCCAAUGCCGAGGAGUACAACCAGCAGGGCAGCACCGUGCUCUCCUGUAUGGUCAAGACGGAGCAGACGUUCACCGAGCUGCUCCAGAAGCUGCUGCCUGGUCUCAGCUACAUCCGGCGGCGUUCCCGCAAGCGUGUCUACCAAGCUCCUGCAACAUCAGAGGAGGAGGAGGAGGAGGAGGAAGAAGAUGAGGAAGAGGAAGAAGAGCCCAAGAAGAAGAUGACAAAUGGAAAAUCUCAUGCGAGGAAAACAACCAGAAAUGAUCGAAGACAGAAGGAUGACGACAGCGAGAGUGAGGAGGAGGAAGAGGAUGAUGAGGUGGAUGGAGAUGAGGAGGAGGAUGAUGAUGAUGAUUAUGAUGAUGACGAUGGCAGGAGGAGAAGUAAGAGAACCUCUGCCACCUCGGGCAGGAAGGAUUACAGGGAGCAGGACAGCGACGGCGAGCGGGAAACACGAAGAACUCGUAAGCGCAGGGGCCGGGGCGACAACGAGGCAGCGAGCAGCGACGAGGACCGGUCAAACCAGCAGCGACAUUCCAAGAGACAGAAACGCUCGUGAAAUCCAGGGUGCUGUUUGUUUUCUGUCAUCUCUCUUUGCUUUAAAAAUUUCUGUCCCGCUCCUCAGAACGAUGACCACGAGCGCCUCAUCUCCUCCUCACACAGCCAGCGGGACCUAAUCCUCAGAAGGACUUUUUUUUUGUGUUAAUAAGUCUAUGCUCAUAUUUUGGAAAAACAA